GUACACUCUCUCUCCUCUCCCAUUCUCCCUCCCAAUGUUCUUGCUCUAAACGUCGGUGAAAUGGGCGGACGGCACCGGAAGAAGCCCUGGUCACCCACCGGCUAUCGCCGACCACCGAUACGGUGCCAUGGCGCCCCUGAUUGGUGCUUUACCAUUGCCUGAAGGAUAGAUCUGGCGUUCUUAAUCAGAGAAACGAUGCCAUAUUUCCUUUCGUUUCGUAGCGCUGCGCUAGUCCACGGCGCCAACCGGUGUUCCUAGGUGCCAGUGGGGCGAUGGCCAUCACGACGUCUUCUGGAUUGUGCCAGUCGGCAUUUGACGAUGUCCGCGACUACGUUCAGGUGUCUACACGCUUUCUUUUCUUUUAGUUGAUUCUUUCAAAUUUAUUUUAUGUGUCUUUGAAAUUGAUAGUUGAUACGAUUCUUAUUGUGGUGUUUGUGUUCUAAGAAACUGCGUUUGUUUUU